GACACGCAUGCGCAGUGUGUAGUUUGAAUCAGUCGCAUGUGUCGCUGUGUUUUUAGCCCAACACACGUGUACUCACCUGCAACAGAUAGCUGUAUCAGACUGUGAUCUGCGGAGUUGUGACAAAACAUGGCGAAGACGGACGCUGCAAGACGGAGUAAAAGACAGAGCAAAGUUGUCCCCAAUGAAGUUUUAGAAGAAGAGGACAAAAUUGAGGCUGUCUCUUCAAGCAAACAAAUAGCCGGAACAGAGGAGGAUUCUCCCUCUGAGAGCACAGAGAUGAAACAGGAGGAGGAAGCUCUCAAGGAGAACCCAGAUGAAGAAGAUUCUCAGAUGGACGCUGUCAUUGAAGUGAAGGGAAGUACAACCACUGUGACUGUGUCUUGGGACAAGAAGAAUGAGGAAGUUGAUGAUUCAGAAAAUGGGACAAACGCAAAUGAUCAGAUGAUUGAUACCGCUGAUGCAGACGACACCAGUGAGGGAGCGGAGACAAAGAUGAAGCAAGACAUUCAGGAAUCUGGAGUGAAAGGGAAAAGAAAGGCGAUCUCUGCUGCCGAGACCAGCCCAGCAAAGAAAACUAAACUCAUCAAUGAUGGUUUUUGUCUUUUUGUUGGCAACCUGAACAACUCAAAAAAAUCUGAUGAAGUCAAAGAGUCAUUGGCAAAUUACUUCAUGAAACAAAGUCUGCUGUUUCAGGACAUCAGAUUGGCCCGGUCCAAAAAACACGCCUUUAUAGAUUUGGCCUCAGAGAUGGACCUGACCAAAGGCUUGACGUUAAAUGGAGGAAUGAUCCAUGAUAAGCCGAUGAAGAUCGCCAAGGCAAAGGUCAAAAGCGAGGAAACGGUGAAAGUUUCAGCAAAGAACAAAAAAGCUGCCAAAGAUGAAAAAUGCUUGUUCCUGAAGAACGUCCCGUACAACGCAACUAAACAAGACAUUUUGAAAAUCUUCGCCAAGGCCGUCAACGUUCGGUUCCCUGGAGGAACUGAAGGCCCGGAGAAAGGCAUUGCCUUUGUGGAGUUUAAAUCUAAAGAGGCUGCCGAAAAAGUAAGGAAGCGUCAAGAAGUGAAAAUCCAAGGCCGUGUUCUGAUUGUGGACCACGUCGGAGCAAAACAUGUGCCCAUAGUCACCAAAAAAAACGAGGACAAGGAUAACAAAAAAGAUGCGGUGUUGCCUCCAAAUAACAUCUUAUUUGUGAGCAAAUUACCUUUCAGCGUGAAAGAAGAAAACAUCAAGAAAGCCUUUCAGAAAGCUGUUAGUGUCACUGUGCCUCAGAGUCAAGGCAAAUCAAGAGGGUUUGCUUUUGUCGAGUUUGCAACCGUGGCAGAGGCUGAAAAGGCCCUGCAGUCAUCGAAAAACAUCAAAAUCUGCAGCAAACCGGUCAGAGUGCAAUUCUGUGAAGCAAAAUCAGAGUCUGCAACAUUCCUAUCAAACUCACUGAUCGUGAUGGGCCUCGCGGAGAAGACGACGGUGGAAACUCUCCAAAGUGCUUUUGAGGGGGCUUCCAGUGCCAGAGUCAUUGUGAAUAAAGAGACCGGCGUUUCAAAAGGGUAUGGUUUUGUUGACUUUGAGAGUGAAGACGACUGCAAAGCUGCUAAAGAAGCCAUGGAGGACAGUGAGAUCGAUGGCAGCCAGGUGACCGUGGCUUUUGCAAAAGCCAAGAGCGAAAAAAGUCCAGGAAGUCCGACCAAGACACCUCCGGCACCUGUUGCUGCACAGCCGGCAGGUGAGGCGGCCGGAGGAGGCAAACGGAAAGGAAGGAAACGCAACAGGAAAGGUAAAGGUAAAGGCCCUGCAGCAACACCACAGGAGGCUGUUAAAGAAGUGGAAAAUAAAGACUGAGCUGCGAAAAAGUUAUAGAGAUUUUUCUCACUUUUUAAAAAAAAACAAAACAAAAAUGAGCUGAAAUGUAUGAGCUUAACAAGUUGGGUUUGGAUGACUGUGCAAGGGUGUGAACAUGUGUUCAUUACUGUCUGCUUGCAGGAUGUGACACUGUGAUUUUAGCUGUCAUGUUUUGUACUUUAAACCAUUGAUUCCAUAAUUGUUAUGGAAAACAUAUGAUGAAAAGUGAAAAUGAUUAAGGACCUAAUCCUAAUGUGAGGAUAAAUAUAUUUUAAAACCACA